ACCCGACCUUCUGGAACUGCAAUCAUAUGUGCCUCGUGUGGAGAAGCUGGUCACCAACGCAAAAGCCAUAAAGACUGCAAAUUGAACAAAAGAAUAUCUGAGAGUCCACAGACCUCUCCUAAUACUCAUGUUGUUACUACCAGCAAUAAUUCAGAAUCUGAUGACGCUACAGUCUUCGAUUCCUCAGCAAUAUGUGUCUCCUGUGGAUUAGUCGGUCACCGACGGAAGAGCAACAAAGCAUGUCCAAUGAAUACUAAAAGGCUCUCACAGUCUGAAAACCCUAUACCUGAACAAUCUACAGCAACAUGCUCUUCAUGCGGGGAGGUCGGUCACCGGCGGAAGAGCUAUCGCAAUUGUCCCAUGAACUCCAAGGCUGAAAUACGAGUAGAAACAGUGAGAAAUAACACAGCGACCACAAAUCCCGCCAAAGUAUGUGCGUCCUGUGGAAAUCCUGGCCAUCGACGCAAAUCUCACGCUGAUUGCCCAAAUAACCCCAGCCGGCCAGUAGGGCCAGUAGGACCAGCAAACAGUGCUAUAGCGAACAAAACUUCUACUAUGACCUGCGUGUCAUGUGGAGAAAUUGGUCACAGGCGCAAAAGCAACAAAGCAUGCAAAUUAAACCAUAAAAGACCCUUAGGCGUUGAGAAUGAUUCUUCGGCCACCGGCUCUGCAUCCACAGCUUCUGUUAUCAAUGACACUGCGGAAAAAUGUGCCACAUGUGGAGAGACAGGCCAUAGACGCAAAAGUCAUAUAGCAUGCAAAUUUAAUCCUAGGAGACCUCAACUUUCAGAAUCUAGCAUGACUACUAAGGUUGUUGAAACUGACAAUUCCGUCUCUAGUGAGUCGUCUGCUAGUGAACCUUCGGUUAGUGGCUCCGAAGAGAAAUGCUUUUCUUGCGGAGAGAUCGGCCAUAGACGGAAAAGUCAUAAAGACUGCAAGUUAAAUUCUAAGAGGCUUCAAAGUCAAGAACCCGAUUCCGCUGCCAAGCACUCAACGGGUCAAAACUUGAACGAGGGUAGCUCAGUAGAGAAAUGCAUUUCCUGUGGAGAGCUUGGACACCAACGGAAGAGCAACAAGGCAUGCAAACUAAAUCCCAAACGGCAAGUGAGCAACGGGCAUUGAAUCCUGUACCAGAAGCCGUAGUUGACAGUCCUACAGAUAAAGCUUCCAUGGAGACCACAGAGAUUUGCGUCUCUUGCGGAGAGCCCGGUCAU